AUGGCUCGAGCGCUCACGCUCUGGUCCCUGGGCUCUCUUCUGGGUCACGUUGUCUCUGCCAGCAACACUACCAACAGCACUUUCGACUAUGAUGUACUACAGUAUAUCGAUCCUUUAAUCGGAACUGCGAAUGGAGGAGACGUCUUUCCCGGUGCAACGCUGCCUAAUGGCAUGGCCAAGGCUGUUGCUGAUACCAAUUCUGGAAGUAAUCAGGGUGGUUUUACUCUAGACGGCUCGCCUAUCACCGGAUUUUCUUCAAUGCAUGAUUCCGGCACUGGUGGUGAUCCUUCUCUUGGGAACUUUGCCCUUUUCCCUUACACAAGCUGCGUUAACGAUACGAUUGACGGGUGCACUUACCCAAAGCUAUCAAGACCUGUCGCUUUCGAUAAUACAUCCCUCGUCGCAACUCCCGGUUACUUUGCUGUCACUCUCGGCACCGGUAUCAAGGUUGACAUGACUACCGCUCAGCAUACAUCUUUGUUCCGAUUCCAGUUUCCGACCACCGAUUCUCCUGAGAGUCCCCUCAUCCUGAUGGAUUUGACCGAUCUGUCUAAUUCGCGACAGGACAACGCUACGAUCGAUGUAGAUGAAUCGUCCGGGCGCAUGACUGGCUCGGGUCGAUUCCUGCCUAGCUUUGGUUCUGGCGACUACACUUCUUACUUCUGCGCUGAUUUCCAAAGUGCAUCUUCAAUUCGUGAUAAUGGUAUUUUCGUUAACUCGCGCGCUACCUCUGAAGCCAAGUCUCUUAGAAUCUCUCGUAGUAUCAACGGUUAUCCUUUGCCCGGUGGCGCAUGGAUUCGGUUCAACGCCUCAACAAAUUCCUCAGUUAUUGCACGCGUUGGUAUAAGCUUGAUUAGCGAAAACCAAGCUUGUUCCAAUGCUGAGAAAGAAAUCCCGAGUUUUGACUUCAACUCCACUUACUCUGCAGCAGUAAGCAUAUGGAGAGAGAAAUUGAGUCCUAUCCGAGUGUCUCGCAGUGCCGUCAAUGAAUCAUUCCUCACCAACUUCUACAGUGGAAUUUACCGAACAAUGAUUCAACCCCAGGACUACACAGGAGAGAACCCGCUGUGGGAAAGUUCGGAACCAUAUUUCGACUCUUUGUAUUGUAUCUGGGAUCUCUUCCGCUCACAGAUGCCAUUCAUGACCUUGAUAGACCCGGCCACAGUAACUAGAGUCAUUCGGUCACUGAUUGAUACCCAAAAACACUUAGGCUGGCUUCCUGAUUGCCGCAUGUCGCUUUGCAAAGGCUACACUCAGGGUGGCUCGAAUGCUGACAACAUCAUAGCCGAUGCCUACGUUAAGGGCCUUCUGGACGACAUUGACUGGGACGCUGCGUAUGCCGCAGUACAAAAAGACGCCGAGGUUGAGCCCUAUGACUGGUCGAAUGAAGGGCGUGGUGGGCUUGCAAGCUGGAAGUCAUUAAAUUACAUUCCAGUUCAGGAUCUGGACUACGUGGGUUUUGGCACAAUGACUCGCAGUAUUUCACGUACAUUAGAAUACAGCUACAACGACUUUGCCAUAUCACAGAUUGCGCGAGGUAUGAACAAAACGGCAGAUGCUGAGAAGUACAAACAAAAUUCGGCCUUCUGGCAGAACCUUUUCAAGCCGGAUCAAACAUCAUAUUACACAAACGGCACCGACACUGGGUUCGUGGGCUUUUUCCAGCCCAAAUAUCUGAAUCAAACUUGGGGUUACCAGGAUCCUCUUAUGUGUUCCAACAUUGACACCAGCGGAAGUAUUUGCUCUCUCCAGAAUGAUGCUGCAGAGACGUUCGAAUCUAGCAUCUGGGAAUAUCAAUUCUUUGUCCCUCAUGACAUGGCGAGUCUGAUAACUCUACUUGGUGGUCCAUCUACAUUUGUUAAACGUCUUGACUACUUGCAUGAUGAACAAAUUACCUAUAUCGGCAAUGAGCCCGCGUUUCUAACUGUCUUCCAGUACCAUUAUGCUGGCAGACCAGGCAAGUCAGCCAGCCGUGCUCACUACUAUAUUCCUGGGUACUUCCAAGUGUCCCCCGAUGGAUUACCCGGUAACGACGAUUCAGGAACCAUGGGCGCAUUUGUGGCCAUGUCAAUGAUGGGACUAUUCCCAAAUCCCGCUCAGAACGUAUACUUCAUUAUUCCUCCAUUUCUUGAGUCCGUUCAAUAUAAAUCACCCUUGACUAAUCGAACAUCGACCAUUAAAACGGUCAACUUCGAUGCGGAUUACAAGAAUAUCUACAUCCAAUCUGCUACGCUCAACGGCCAGCCAUAUACCAAGAAUUGGAUUGAUCAUAGCUUCUUCACCGACGGAAUGGAGCUUGUGCUUACCUUGGGUCGCAAUGAGAGUACUUGGGGUACUCGGGAUGCCGAUCUGCCUCCGUCAGUGUCUACUCAGAGCACGUCGGGUCUUGAGCAGAGAAGCGCUGGAUCGGGAUUGGUGCAUCCGUACAAUGUUGUGUUCUAG